AUUUAUUGAAACACAAUUACAUUUGUUGGAAUCGAGAAUCAUAGCCGUGAGUUCUGAUUGUGAGUGAGUCAGGAUUUUCACGCACGUAGUACGUGUCUUAUUGUCAGUGAUAACAAACGAAUCGUCAUUUGGAUAUAUCGUACUUCGACUGGCUGAAAUCUAGUGGAAAAAAAUGAAGACCGACUCGACGUUUCUGCCUAAUGGUUCGACCAAAGCCAUGAACAUCCUGCUAGUCAACGGAAUUUUCUCCCUGAUUCUGUGCAUGGUAGCUGCUCCAGCUGGCAUGAUGGUGUUCGGCCAGGCGGACCUCGUCAUGGACCAAGGCCAGUCCGGUCGUACGUGCAGAUACACCAGACCGUAUUCGAAGCUGCAGGUUAAUUGCAGUGCGAAAAAUCUUGGGGAAAUUCCAAGCACAGUGAACACCAAAGUCCAGAUAAUGCUGAUGUCCUUCAACCGGCUGAGAGAUCAACUGCCGCCUCAUACUUUCGCCCCGUAUACAAGCCUGGAGAACCUCUACCUCGGUGAAAAUUUUUUGAACGAUAUUAACAACACCAUCGAGGACCUCGGGUACCUUCAAGUCCUCGACAUAUCUUACAACGGUUUUUACGUCCUACCAUCGACCCUCUUCCAGCUUCCAUAUCUCCGUAAGUUGUACCUCACGCACAACUUCAUCGGGGACGGAACAUUCGAGUUGAGGGUAACUUCGCCAAUCCAACAUCUUGCGAUUGCGACGAACAAAUUGACCAAAAUACCGUCGAUCGGACCUCAGCCGUCGUUGACUCACCUAAACUUGUCGAGCAACCAGAUUAACCGGCUAUCGGUCGACGAUAUCGCUCCGUUCUGCAAAUUAAGCACUUUGGACAUCACAAACAAUCCCAUAAACUUAGACGAAUCGAGUUGCGAUUGUCACCAAUUCAUGACGUGGGUGGAAAUACGCAACAUAACACUUGCGUCGAAUAUUGCCUGUAAAAAGGAAACUCUCGAUUCUUGCAGCGCAAAGAGUUUUGCAAAUGAGACAAUGGUGUCGUACAACGAAUGCUUAGAAAUGAUCGAGAUCGCCGAAGCUCAAGCCGUGGCGAAAAGGACCUGGAUAACAGUGGGAAGCUGCAUCCUCGCCGUUUUGGUCUGCGUCAUGAUAGGUCUUUACUGUGUCCAUAAGAGGAACAAGAAGCGGGCAAAAAAGACGAAGAAGGCGCAAAGAUUGGCCACAAAUAAUGCGAACACCGAACUGCUCAAUGGCAAUUUGCCUGAGGCAGUCUAGGAGGCGGUGCUGGAGUGAAAAUGUCCCAGAGUUUCGCUUCAAUGGCGCAUCAAUCACUGGUAAUACGAAACACGCGUGGUCUUGAACGACCAGGCGUGCAGUGAAAAGAGAAACUGUGUGCAUGCGUGAAACUGAGAUGCGAACGCCGUUAUGUGUUUUUUUUUCUUUUGUUUUUGCGAAAUCAUGACUUACAAGAAGACUUAAAGAUGUAUCUCGAGGGUCGUGGUAUUAUACUGAAACUUUGUGAAGUGAAAUACCAUUUUACCCCUGACUAGGAUAAAAUACCUAAACCACUACGUUCUAAGGAAAUUAAAGGAAAAAAAAUGAAUGAAAAUAUUUAAAAAAAAGAACUCAUUUAAAACUUUA